AUGUUAAACUCGGUUCGGGAAGCGGGCCGAAACCCGCCGCCGUUCCCCUUCAUCUUCUUCAAGCCCAACACCACCGUCCUGGACCACGGCGCCGAUGUCAUCAUUCCCAAAAUUGCGCAGGACCACCAGGCCGAUUACGAGGGUAAGCUGUGUUUGGUUAUGGGCCGCAACGCGAAGGACGUGUCGCCCGCCGAAGCACUGGACUACGUCGCCGCCUACACAUGCGGAAAUAACGUCUCGGCGCGGAAGCUCCAAAGGGACCCCAAGCUUGCCGGCGCCGUGCCCCAGUGGGGAUUCUCCAAGGGCUUCGACACGUUCGCGCCGCUUGGGCCAUGUCUUGUGCGAGCCGACCUGAUCGGCGACCCGAAGGAGCUGCUCCUAAAGACGAUUGUCGACGGGGAAACCAGGCAGCAGGAGCCGGUCCAGGAUCUGCUGUUUGACUGCGCCUAUCUUGUUUCCUACUUGUCCUCGGGCACGACGUUACAAGCAGGGUCCGUCAUUAUGACAGGCACGCUUGGAGGAACAAGAAUGGAAGUUAGCAUUAACAAGAUUGGCACAUUGAGAAACGGUGUCAAGUUCGCGUGAUGGAAGAUCACGUCGCGAGAUGGGCUUUGGUGGACAUACAAAU